GGCGGAAGCGCGGGGGGCAGUGCGACGUGUGCGCGGAGCCGGGCCCGGCGCCGCCGCCGCCGCCAUGCUCGAUUUCUUCACCAUCUUCAGCAAGGGCGGCCUCGUCCUCUGGUGCUUCCAGGGCGUCCGCGGGCCCGCUGCCGCCGCCACCGCUCCCGUUAACGCCCUCAUCCGCUCCGUCCUCCUGCAGGAGCGAGGCGGCAACAACUCCUUCACCCAUGAAGCCCUCACGCUCAAGUACAAACUGGACAACCAGUUUGAGCUGGUGUUUGUGGUGGGGUUUCAGAAGAUCCUGACUCUAACCUACGUCGACAAGUUGAUAGACGACGUUCAUAAGGAGUUCAGAGACAAGUAUCGCAAUGAGUUCCAGCAGAAAGGCACCCUGGGCCUCCUAAAUGGCACCUUUGAUUUUAAAGACGACUUCAUGCGCCUUCUUCGGGAUGCAGAGGAGAGCAGUAAAGUCCGACCUCCCACGGUAAUGAAGACGUUUGAGCAGUCUCUCAAGUCCCAGAAGACUGUCAAGUGUAUGAUAGAAACCCGAGGGGAGAAACCAAAGGAGAAAGUCAAGAACAAGAAGAACAAAGGUUCCAAGAAAGAGGGAACUGAAGCUGUCGCAGCACCCGGUAAAGCAUCUGUGGGUGACAAGCAGCCCUCCACAGCUGGGGACAGGGAGGAACUGACCAAGGAUGAAAUCCUGCAAAAGAACCGGGAGGAAUUUUUCAAGAGACACAUGAAAGCAGGGGAGAAGUCCAGCAAAUCUCCGAAGCCCGAGGCACAGAAGGAGAAGGGGAAGAAGCCCCGAGUGUGGGAUCUGGGGAACUCUAAUGCCAAAGUACUCGAUUACAGUAACUCCGCUACCAACGGAAGCACGGAGGCUUGUCCCGUGGAGGAAUUUGACCCUGAUACAGCCCUGGGGGAUCGAAAUAGGGAACCCGGCCGCCUCUACGACCUUGAGUACGAAAGCGAUGAUGAAGCGGAAGAGGAGAAGGUUAUUCAGAACCCUUCAAAACCCAGCACGAAGAAGGGUGGCCUGGGGGGCAUGUUUGGCAUGCUGAAAGGCCUGGUGGGCUCCAAGAGCUUGACGAGAGAGGACAUGGACCCCGUACUGGAGAAGAUGAAGGAUCACUUGAUCGCAAAAAACGUGGCAGCUGAGAUUGCGGUUCAGCUCUGUGAAUCAGUGGCUAAGAAACUGGAAGGGAAGGUGAUGGGAACGUUCACCACGGUGACCUCGACGGUGAAGCAGGCCCUGCAGGAGGCUCUUGUGCAGAUCCUGCAGCCCCAGCGCCGUGUGGAUGUACUCCGUGACGUCAUGGACGCCCAGCGUCAUCGCCGACCCUAUGUGGUCACUUUCUGUGGUGUCAACGGUGUUGGGAAGUCCACCAACCUGGCCAAGAUCUCAUUCUGGCUCAUCGAGAAUGGUUUCAGCGUCCUCAUCGCAGCUUGUGACACUUUCCGCGCGGGAGCGGUGGAGCAGCUCCGCACCCACACCCGUCGCCUCAACGCCCUGCAUCCUCCGGAGAGCCACGGCGGGCGGACCAUGGUGCAGCUCUACGAGAAGGGCUACGGCAAGGAUGCCGCGGGGAUUGCCAUGGAGGCCAUCUCUUACGCUCGGAACCAGGGCUUUGACGUGGUCCUGGUGGACACGGCGGGCCGCAUGCAGGACAAUGCUCCCUUGAUGACGGCACUGGCCAAACUCAUUGCUGUCAACGCUCCCGACCUGGUCCUGUUUGUUGGGGAAGCCCUGGUGGGAAAUGAGGCUGUGGAUCAGCUGGUCAAGUUCAACAAGGCCCUGGCUGAUCACUCCAUGGCCCAGACACCGCGGCUCAUUGACGGGAUUGUCCUCACCAAGUUCGAUACCAUCGAUGACAAGGUCGGUGCCGCCAUCUCCAUGACCUACAUCACGAGCAAGCCCAUCGUUUUCGUUGGUACCGGACAAACGUACUGUGAUCUGCGAAGCCUUAAUGCCAAGGCCGUGGUCGCAGCGCUCAUGAAGGCCUGAAACCCACCAAAUCGCUGUUUGCAGAUGUCCGAGAAGAACAUGCUUUACCCCGUUACCGACUAGUCUUUCCCGUGUAGCACAGAACAGAAUGAAGGGAUACCAGCGCGAGGGGUAGUUUUUUUGGAUAAAACUCCUUUUAUCCAGCAAAAGCCCUUCCCCUGGGUUCCUUCAUUCUGUUUUAAGUGACACAGGCUCCCGCGCGAGGAGGCUGAAUCCAGAGCUUUGUAUUGUUCGUGCCGCAUGGGGAGGGGCGGGUAGCGCGAGGACGUGCUGUGCUUUUUGGGGGGUUUGAAGGCAUUUUUUUGAGCUGCUUUUGACUUUUAGACCAGCUUAGGGAAGAUGCAGGAGUGACUUUUGUCAGGGGCAAGCAGGAUAGCCGCUGCUGAACGGCAGCGUUAGAUGAGCUGGCUGUUACUGUCGCUGCUAGUGGUAGCUCCACCGAAGCUGAUAAACCAAAAAUGGCGACGGCCUGCGCUGGGCUGGAGGGGAGAUGCUAAAUUGCCUUAAGGUCCCCGUUUCUGUCGUCACCGGGACACCAGAGCAGGGUACCUGGACACCGUGUAUUUGGGCAGGAGCUGGAGAGCCGUGGCAGCUUGGUCCGAUAACGCUAACUGCAGCUGAAGAAGGAAGGCAGUGUGCUCCUGCGUGGCUCCUGCCUGCUGGCCUUAGCGUUAUUUGCUGGUAAAAAGGAAAAAAAAAAAUUAAUACUGGUAGAUAACAGUGGCUGCUUGCUGCUUUCCUGCACCCUUUCUCCCCCCCACCCCUUCGAGUGCCUCUUGAUCCCGGUCUGAAGUGCUACACUGAAUAAUACAAAACUCUUAUGAUGUCUUGUAGCUCUGUAUCGCAGAUGUGCUAUAGUGCAAUAAAUUGAAUGCUGUCUGCUAAGAGACAUAAUUUAUAUAAAAUAAACUUCAUAAUUUGU